GAUGAUGAUUUAGGUUGCAUCACCUUUACAUUUAUAAAUAACAGCUCACACAGAAGCUUACGCUCAAAAUGUUACUAUCAGACUGUGUAUACAGGACACGUGAAGGACGCUGAGUUGGUGCGGAGUUCGUCCCGGCAUGUGUGGUCGUGCUGGGAUGGAUUCCACUUCGUUUUCCUCCGUGGCGGGUCUGGGUGCAGUGGACCCUCAGAUGCAGCAUUUCAUCGAGGUGGAGACUCAGAAGCAGCACUUGCAGCAGCUGGUGCAUCAGAUGCAAUCUGUGUUAGGUGAAGCACAUGGACAAGCCUGGACCACAAAGCUGGACAGUCGGGCUGAGGCCUGUUUUGUGAACGGCAUUGAGCACUUCGUUGAUAUAAACCAAUUCAUCCUGAAUUGA